AUGUCUACGACGAGAUUAUUGCCCCGGCCUGCCCCUACGCCCGAAAACACAACCUCUUCAGCUGGCCAAAGCCCUCGGAACCCAUCCCGAGGUAAGUUUUACCAUGGAUAAUAUAAAAUCUUUGACAAGGAAAGUACUUCAAUAGGCUAUCGAGUUACAGGUCGAGUCAUAUAUCAAAAAAAUCGCAAAAUUUUUCUGAUUCAGAAUAUGUAAAAGUCAGCUACCGAUUUUGGUUUGUAAAGGUGAAAAAAUCGUCAGAAGUUUUCUCGCAAAACCACGCAAAUGCCUUUUUGACAAAGUUUUUACCAAAUCAAAAGCUUUGUUUUGAGCUAAAGUGAACCUUGGCAUCUUGACAAGCCUUAAAAUAUCAAAUUUGAUUAAUACUACACCUUAAUUAGUAGUUCCAAUAUAAAAAAGCGGCAUUUGUGUGGUGCUGCGAUAAAAGUUCUGAGGAUUUUUUCACCCUACAGUCCAAAAUCAGGCAGCUAACAUUUACAUAUUCUGAAUCAGAAAAAUUUUACGUUUUUUUUUCAUCUAUGACUCGACCUGUAACUCCACACCCCGUAGAAGUACUUUCCUCGUCAGAAAUUUCAAAACUUUUCUCCUAAUUACGGAGAAUUUUCUUGGAUGGGGAAAGAGUUGACUCAUCUUGGUCAAGUCUUCCUCUCUAGACGAAAAAUGCAACGUUGCAUAGCUUUGGUUUGUUGCAGGAGGAGCGGGCUGUAUAACAACAUGUUCGGAGCUUUUAUGAAUCAGUUUUGUUGUUUUCGGUUAAAAUUAUUGAUCUUAUGUCAUGUGUAAUAUAAUUUAUCUUUGAUACUUUCAGAAUAUUACCCAAUCUUCACCGUGGAGACUCGUGAGUACCUAAACAACCUCCAUAUUGAUCUUCGUCACUUCCUCAAUGAGUUCGUUGACUUUGUUUAUUACAACAAGCCGAUUUGUGAGGUUUGUAUCCGGCCAAUGUUGAUCUUCGCCCACGACAAUGAAUUGGUCUACUUGAAGGGUAAAAUGGAAGCAGUAAGUUGUUGUUGUUGUUUAUUGAAUUGUUUGGAGUUUAGGCGAUUGCCAUGCAGCCCCCAAUCUCCACAAAUAUCAUGAGAGAUCACCUUACUUUAGCCUCAAAGUAUGGGCUCGACAAUUUGUUGCGGACGACUUUGGUCAGAGCUGAAGGGCAUUACAUUACGGUGGCUCAAGCCUUGGUGGGACAGUCUGGAAUUGUCAAUGAGCUGACGAUUCCAACGAUGAGAAAAUUGGCUGAUCGAUUGUGCACUGGAUGGUCGUUGAUUAAUUGGAAAAUGGCCGAGAGGUAAGCUUAUUUUAGGCCGUAUUUUAGAAAAAUACGGCUGAAUAGAGAACAUAGGUCGUGCUUGACGUUAUGCUGAGAGAUUUUAUGGCUUUUUACGUAGAAAUUAGAUAUUUUUUAAAGGUCAAUUGUAUUUUUUUUAAGUUUGUCCUCAUAACUAUUAAGAUCUCGUUUAGAACACCCACCACGAGAAAUGUACGCCGAAUUUUCCUGGACGAAGGUGGCCCAGUGGGCCCAACUGCUAAUCCGACUCUUGAAUCGUUCUAUGGCUAUUUGAAAGGAAAAAUGGAAGCAGUAAGUUCCAUCAGCCAAUGUUUUACGUUUUUUUGAUCACGGGGUUUAGUUUCGGGAUGUUAUAGUAGCUGCACGUCAAGAAAACCUAGAACAAAAGCGCUCAAGCAAUGGGAAAUUCUUGGCAUUCUGUUUUAGCUGAAAGAUAAGUUUUUGCUCCAAAGGUAACCUGAUUACACAUGGAAGAUGGUGUAGAAUGGGUUUAUUGCAUACAUAAAUUUGAAGCUGGACUCCUGCUUAACCUCGCCAUAUAUGUUUCAUAGGAAAAAAUCGGUCGUCUUCUAUCUGUUUGAAGCUAAACUUACAACGCACAUCAACCAGAAAAAAAAGUUUCAAAUCGGGAAAACUGUUUGCAACACUUUGUUAGGAUGCCCAAGGGUAGCUCAAACAAAGAAUUAGAAACGAGCCGGACUGACCAACAAAUAGUAGAUUUGAGAACCUUAUUUUAGACAUCUUUGCUACUAAAUCGUUUCGUAACGAAGCAAUUACCUAAAUUCUUUUUCCUAUGAGCAUAAUUAGAGUAGUUUUAGAGAACAAUAAGGAACCCUAUGUCCUAUACUAGCUUACUCACUCAAAAUUCCAAAAAAACUGAUAUUUAGGUGAAUAAAAUAAUAUUUUAAAAAUCGGCAGAUUUUAACUCAGCUAGGUCCACUUUGAUCUAAAAAGUCAGUAAGAGCAUAAUUACUGACAUCCGCACCAUUUUGGAAGCUGUUGUGAGAACGUUGCUUUAGGUGAUAGUGAUCAUUUUUGAAAUCGGCGCAGCAAGGUUGAAACCAGCUCCAAAAAUUCAGCGUAGCCUUAGAAAGCAAUCGCAAUUCACAUAGAUGGUUUUAAAACUUUGACUUCAGUCUUAAACUUCUAUUAUUUUUGGUAUAAGAUCAGGUAUGCUACUAUAAGGUAAAACUUUUGUUCGGCAUGGGAGUUGAAAUUUUUGCAGUUAAUCUCCAUUAACAAAAUGUUGUGAGAUAAUAUGGCUCAUUUAUUUGACUAUUUAACGCUGUCGAACAUUGAAAGUUGAAUAAAGUAAUAUAAUCCAUAAGGUAAAAAACUUAAAACCGAAUCUACUUUUUUAUUGUUAGACCGAUUUGCUUCAAACUUUGCAUGGUAUCUAACAAGGGAAUGGUCCCAACGAUCCGUGGGAUCCGCAAAUGAAACCUAGAUAUUCUGAAAGAGCAGGUAAAAUUUAGUAGGAAUCCGUCUUUUCUACUUGCCGAAUAAGUUUGUGCGACGAGAAAUAUCGACGAAAAGAUCCGACUAAAAAAUCGAAAGAGAGAAAAGACGAACCGAGAGGCCUUGGAAAGCGUCACCAAAUAGUCUAGUGGAAAAAGUUCCACGCACGAAUCUUUUGCGGGAGGGAAGCUUUGGAGGUUCGAGUCCACCCGGAGCGGUUAUCUCCGGCUUGAACCUAUGUAUUCAUUAUUGUGUUCUACAGUUAUGCAAAAAAUUUUUUUUGUUUAUUGACCUGUUUUACAGGGUUUGUUGCAAAAUUUUAAGAAAAGUUGACACUUCGGCAAUAUUUUAUUUUCAAGACACUUAUACUCCUUUCUGGAAGGUUGUAUAGGGUCUUGCAGAUCUUUUUCGGUUUCCCAAAAAGGAUGUUGCCAAAAUCUCAACUUUUCAUAAAAUUUUGCAAGAAAAGUUGAAAAGAGAAUUUUUGGGUCCUUGCGUGAGCGUGUAGUAGAUCGCGUGAAUAUUUACGAAAAAAUCGAUUUUGAGUUUUUUGGUUUAAGAUGGCCGUGGACAUGUGUUUAACAAGUUCCCAAACUAUUCUUCCCAAAUUCUGCCCGGAAGGUAUAAAAUUGCAUAAAUUUGUCUUUUUUGGAACUUCGGACCUGGUGGUAUCAUAGAAAGACGUAAUGAACAGAAUUUGUUACGGCUCGAUGCAACAAUCCCUGUAAAACAGGUCAAUAAACAAAAAAAUUUUUAUAUAACUGUAGAACACAGUAAUGAUGAACACUUGGGUUCAAGCCGGAGAUAUCCGCUCCGGGUGGACUCGAACCUCCAAGGCCUCCCUUCCCCAAAAGAUUCGUGCGUGGAACUUUUUCCACUAGACUAUUUGGUGACGCCUUCCAAGGCCUUUCGGUUCGUCUUUUCUCUCUUUCGAUUUUUUGGUCGGAUCUUUUCGUCGAUAUUUCUCGUCGCACAGACUUAUUCGGCAAGUAGAAAAAACGGAUUCCUACUAAAUUUUACCUGCUCUUUCAGAAUAUCUAGGUUUCAUUUGUGGAUCCCACGGAUCGUUGGGACCAUUCCCUUGUAAGAAUACGAUAUUCUGAAGAUCGUUGCAAUCGCUUUUCAUGUUUCAAUAGUUUUAGACAAGUUAUGCAAAGUUCGCAAAAAAUUCGAUUUUCUCCGGCGUUUUUCCGCUAACCCGGUGGCCCAAAGGCGCCAAGAUCUACUAAUUUAAAAAUUAUGAGGCCUUGGCAAUAUUUUAAUCGCAGGUUCAUGUUAUUUUGUGCAUUACCCACUGCACAGUCAGCUAAAACAUCAGAACUCCUUAAAAAACCGAAUGCCAAAAAUGUUGGCAUUCUGUUUGUGGUUGAUGUGAGCCGGCUUUCGGAUGAUUAUCCGGGACAGAUACGCUUUAGGAAACACUGACCACCUUUGUCAAGGGGUUUAGAGAUAUUUUUAUAGUGUUGUCACUGGUGUUUUUACGUGUUAAUUUUUUAUUUUUCAGAGAUCCUGUCUCGAUACCCACCACCGAAAGGAUAACAGAGAAAAAAAGCCAAAAAAUAAUUAAAAGGCAAAAAAUAGAAGAGCCGAAAAAAUUGAAAAGGCCAAAAAAAUCAAAAAAAAAAAAAGAGCCAAAAAAAUGGAAAAGGCCAAAAAAAAUAAAAAAAAAUAAAAAAAGUAACAAAAAAAACGUAAAAAAUGAAAAUAUAAAUAAAAAUGCUUUUUUAAUUGACCCCUCAUCUAUUGUAUUAUAUUUAAUUUUGACCCCUCAUCUAUUGUAUUUAAUUUUGCCCCCUCAUCUAUUGUAUUAUAUUUAAUUUUGACCCCUCAUCUAUUGUAUUUAAUUUUGACCCCUUAUCUACUGUAUUUAAUUUUGACCCCUCAUCUGUUGUAUUUAUCUAUUGUAUUUGUAUUUAAUUUCUAUUGUCUAUUGUAUCUAUUGUAUUUGUCUCAUCUAUUGUAUAAUAUUUGUAUUUAAUUUAUCACGAUUUUUUAACAUGUAAGUUAUCGGUUUAUACUUGUUUUAGCGUGGUCUUUAAUCUCAAAUUAUAUGAUUCAUCUUUGCAGAAAAUGACCCCGGAAAGCAAUGGAUCCUUCGAAAACUGCACCAAUUCAACAACGUCACUCCCGGCCCAGGACGGCACCUACAUGGCCGAAAUCCAAACCAACGAUUUAGACAACAUGGAAUGUAAGCUUUGAUGGUUUUUUUUUUGUAGUUGAGGAUAUCAGGGAACUGUUCGGAUUGUUGUCACUUGUUUUUUGUGGUUCUUCAAUUGAUCACUGUACUUUCAGAUAUUGCUCCAAGAUUUCUUCACUGCUUUUCGGAUGUAACAUAAAAAAAAGAAAAAAAUAAAAAAAAGAAAAAAAUAAAAAAAAGAAAAAAAUAAAAAAAAAGGAAAAAAAAGAAAAAAAAUAUAAAAAAAUAUAAAAAAAAGAAAAAAAAAUAAAAAAAGGAAAAAAAGAAAAAAUAUAAAAAAAAGAAAAAAAAAUUUUUUUAAGUAUCCCGUAUCCUUCUUCUCUCUUCUUCUCUUCUAAUUUUACUCGCCUAAUAGUUUACCGCCUAUUUAUAUCAAUGUAAGUUGUUAUUUCAUUCUUGAAUUUAUCCUGCAUUUUUCUUAAAUUAAUGAUCUAUUUUUUCAGAAACCCAUCUCUCGAAUCAGUGAAUCUUUGGAACACAUUUUCCGACCCUAUUUUCAAUGUCCCAAUUCCGGCCCAGGACGGCACCUACAUGGCCGAGACCUUAACCAACGACUUAGACAACAUGGAAUGUAAGUUUUGAUGGUUUUUGUAGUUGAGGACAGAGAUUGCCACGGCUUCGGAGCCGGCUCUUCGCUCCGGCUCCGAGCCGGGAGUCAGAGCCGGACCCGGAAAUUUUGGGUGCGGCUCCGGCUCCCGAGCCCAAAGUCGAAGCCAGGCUUCUCAGCGUUCAGAAAAGUAAAAAUUUCGUGAUCUUGUUAGACCAAAUUGCUUGAAAAGUACUGGGAAGGAUGUGUUGCAUACGACUCGGCUGCAAAAACCUUGGGUGUAUGAUCUCUGGCACUAACAACUUUUAUUUUUGGAAAAGUAUUUUUAAAAAAAUUUUUGCUCGGUAGCCGAGAUUUGGAGCCGGAGACCUUUUUAAAUUUUUCAUGGGAGCCGGAGCCGAAAUUUUGACCAUGGCAAUCUCUGGCUGAGGAUAUUAGGGAACUGUUCGGAUUGUUGUCACUUGUUUUUUUGGUGGUUCCUCAAUUGAUUAUUUUAUUUUCAGAGAUUGCUCCGAGAUUUCUCUGCCGUAUCCCUAAUGUUUACAACCCAUUUUUUACUAUGUAAGUUGUUGUUUCACCCUUGGUUUUAGCCUGGUUUUUUCUCAAACUAUAUGGUAUAUGUUUUCAGAAACCCAAACAUCACCUUCACUCACGCCACAUUCCCCUUUCCAUUCGCAACACCCAUCCUUCCCUCCCACUCGCACCGCACCCCUCCUCCAUUUCACUCGCACGACACUCCUCCCCCCAUCGCACUCUCUUCAGAAUGUAAGUUUUAUUGGUAGUUGAGGAAAUUACGGAAGGUUUGAGAUUAUUGUCAAUUCUUUUUUGAGGGUUCUUCAAUUUAUUCUUUUAAUUUGCAGAUAUCUCCAAGCCCCACGCAACGGAUAGCUUUAAAAAAAAAAAAAUGAAAAAAAUAAGAAAAAAAAAUAGAAAAAUAAAAAAAAUAUAAAAAAAAUACAAAAAAAGAAAAAAAUGAAAAAAAGAAAAAAUAAAAAAAAGAAAAAAUAGAAAAAAAUAAUUUUUUUAAAAUGACUUUUAUUUUUCUCUUGUAAAAUUAGAUUCCCUUAUAGUUUACCGCCCAUUUGUAUCAAUGUAAGUUGUUAUUUCAUUCUCGAAUUUUUCAUGGAUUUUUCUUAAAUUAAUGAUCUAUUUUUUCAGAAACCCAUCUCUCGAAUCAGUGAAUCUUUGGAACACAUUUUCCGACCCUAUUUUCAAUGUCCCAAUUCCGGCCCAGGACGGCACCUACAUGGCCGAGUCUCAAACCAACGACAGAAACAACAUGGAAAGUAAGUUUUGAUGGCUUUUUUUGGUAGUUGAGGAAAUAUUAGGGAAUUCUUCUUGAGAUUGUUGUCACUUGUUUUUUUGGUGGUUCCUCAAUUGAUUAUUUUAUUUUCAGAUAUUGCUCCAAGAUUUCACUGCCCUACCCCAAAUGUUUACCACCCAUUUUUUACUAUGUAGGUUGUUGUUUCACCCUUGAUUUUAGCCUGGUUUUUUCCCGAGCUAUAUGGUAUAUUUUAUUUUCAGAAACCUAAACAUCACCUUCAUUUACGCCACAUUCUUGGGGAAACGGAUAGUUUGA